AUGAACAGUCUUUUAAUUGAUAGUAGUAACCCAUCAUAUGAUGCAAUGAAUAAUGAUAAUUUAAAGAAUAGUAUUGAAAAGAAUCAUCCAGUUAAAUCAAAAGUUUUAUCAAAGAAAAUUAAUAAUGUUGAUACAGAUAUUGCCAUAUCAUCUUUUGCAGAUGCAAUCUUUAUAACAAUUUCACAAAAUCAAAAAUUUAAUACAUGGAUAAGAGCAAGUAAAUCAGAUGGCAUAUUAUUAGAUGAACCAUCGUAUCAAAUUGAUACAUUAUUAGGUAAUAAUCAAGAUGUAUUAUUUAGUAUAUAUGCAAGACAAUUAAUUGAAAAUAUUGGCGAAACUAGUAAUAAAUCAUUAAUGUUAUCAAUUUCUAUUACUGAUAAAUCAAAAGAUACUUUUAAACAAAUUCUAUCAACAAUUUUUGAAAAUAAAGUAUGGUAA